AUGUCUAAGCAGCAUCCUCAAACUCAAGAAGAUCCGUCGCAAUACACGCGAUUGCAGGCCCUCCAUAGAGCGCUAGAGUGCGACUCUUCGCGACACGACCAGCAAUUCACUUCUGCUCCUCCUCGCAACAAGCAUGCUAUCGUCGCGGACGCACACGAACCCGCCGGAUGCGAUGACGGUCCGUGGGACAUUGCUAGGUCCAGCGUGAACUCCCCCAGCCAAUCGACCAAUAGGCUAGAUAGGAUUGGGGCCCAAAUGUCGGCCUUACCCUUCCUGAAUGAACUAUCCGAGAGGGUGGAGGCAUUGGAAACCGUUGUGGAGGAACAGAGACAAUGGAACGAGGACAUUGAAAGGACUACAAAGCAGCUUCGCCAGUCAUUGCUAGCCCGUGGUGGACAGAACACAAGGCGUACCGAAUCCAGUGGCAGUUAA